CGGAUGUAUCUAGACUCACCCAACCACAGGGGACGUGAAAACCAGGGUUUGCCAAAGCAGGCAGCUAGCACCCGAAACUCUAAGGAGCAGGGGGCACGAAGGCUGGCAAGGGAUCUGAGACCCAGGUCCCACCAUUGCAGCCCAGUAACUGGAGCUCAGGCGAAGCUGCCCUUUGCCUCUUCGAUUCUAGAAGGGUAUCCAGCGAUGAACCGGGCAAUCCAUGGAGAGAGCGACGCUUGUCUCCCUUACCCUGGACGGCCCAUGCCACAAGAACUGAUCUGCAAGUGGACUGACAGCAAAGGACACCACUCCAGGCAGGCUUGCUCCAGAAUAUUCAGCACCAUGUAUGAGCUAGUUCACCAUGUCACCAUGGAGCACGUCGGAGGACCCGAGCAGACCAACCAUAUUUGUGACUGGGAGGGCUGCGCUAGGGAGAAAAAACCCUUUAAAGCCAAAUACAAACUCAUAAACCACAUCAGAGUGCACACAGGGGAAAGGCCGUUUCUGUGCCCGUUUCCUGGGUGUGAGAAAGUGUUUGCAAGAGCUGAAAACCUGAAGAUACAUAAAAGAAUCCACACAGGGGAGAAGCCGUUCGUGUGUGAAUUCGCUGGGUGUGACAGGAGGUUUGCCAACAGCAGUGACAGGAAGAAGCACACCCACGUGCACUCGAGCGACAAGCCGUAUCGCUGCAAAGUCAAAGGGUGCGAGAAAUCCUACACCCACCCCAGCUCCCUGCGCAAGCACCUGAAAACGCACCGCACCCUUGAGCCAGCCCUCUCCACCGCCACCACCAAGCCCACGGGGGCGCAGGAGCCGGGGGCUGGCGCCUGCCAGUCAUUGGCCCGCCUUGCCGCUUGUCUAGCCAGGUGUGGCCCCUCCAGGUGCCAGGGCAAAGAGAGGGACACUCCGGAGACGGAAAGAGGGGGCGCCCCCCACGCAACCUCCCGCAGUGGGCGUGAGGCCAGACGGACGCCUCUGCCGGCUCGCCCCCAGCUCUGGCGCAAGGUGUCCUCCGAGGGCUCCCGCAGGUCUCCCAGCCCACUCACACUCCCGGCCGGGCUCGGAAAGGGCUGGGAGCCAGGGCACAGCAGGGCCACGGGCGCUGCCCACAGCAGGCCCGAAAGAAACGCUCCCCCUUCCAGGAGAGGGCUCAGUGAGCUCUGA